CCAGGUUUCAUGUGUAGGUUUCAUGCUUUUGGAGUUUGCACAUGCUCCAAGGUGGGGGGGGGGGGGGGGGGGGGGGGGGGGGGGGGGGGUGUCAUCAUCUAAACCCCUCAGAGAGGGGGCAUCACAAACUUACAUAUUACAGUUUCUCGUAAUCGAGGGAAGCAAGGAUCGGUAGUAGGACUGUCAGAGUGAGAGGUUGCAUGCUGGCGUCCUGCAGUAAACCUGCCCAAGAACCAUGCGUAAGUGAGCUCGUGAAGCUACACUCGGUCGUUUUUUUUAACUUUUUUAUCUGCGAAUAUAUGUCAAGGAAAAGUUGUGCCGCUUUGUGGAACGGUCGGAUUGGUGUGCGAGGCUGGGCUGAUCUGGAAAGUUUGGCGAAGUUUUCAAGCUGGCCGCGGUGGUGAGGUGUUCCACCGCUGGCUGCGCUUGUUUUUUUUCUGCUUCUGGGUCACUUCCUUUUGUCUUGCACCUGUCCCAUCAACACUGAGGAUGCAAAUACAAGUUAUACAACUGAUAUAGGGCCUCGCUGCACUACUGUCCACAUGCGCAACAGACAAAAAGUACGGCGGUGCAUCUUUCCAUGUUCUAGCGGAAGAUUCAUUCUCAUKUUGCACAUUUGGAGAGUAGUGCAGCGAGGCCCAUAAUCGUAAUGUGUGAAAGCUAGUCCGACUCGUCGCGGAUGCUGAGAGAACCCGAACAUCAUGUAGUUGUUAUGCGGGCUGAGCUUUAAACUUUAAAGGUUAUUAAUUAAUGUCUUAAUUGCCAUACAAUCCCCUCUGACCUGUCUUCAAACAAGUUGUAAUUUUUUCCAAUGUGGCAGAGACCCCUUCUAGUGAGGAGAGGUGUCCUGGAAGGGGUUUGUGUCACUACGGUAGAGGAGAGACCCCUACCUUUCUAGAGUGGAGACCCUUCUAGUGAGGUAUCCUUCUCGUGCGGAGACCCCUUCUAGUGUAUCCUCUCUUCUUUUGCAUAGACCCCUUCUAGUGAGGUAUCCUUCUAGUGCAGAGACCCCUUCUAGAGAGGUAUCCUAUGUGGCGGAGACCCCUUCUACCGAGGAGAGCCCUGCUCCUCUUUCGUGUAUAGCGAUGGCGGACGGGAAGUGGUGGAAAGAAGGAUCGCGAGAUGGAUGGAAUGGUAGAUAUACUUACAUGCAGCUAAUCUUGUAAUACUACGCGACUUCGCAGUUUUUUAUGCGCCGCAGUCCGGUGUUUUGCCUGGUGGAGUGAGAAUGGGUCCAUCUCCAUCGUUAUACGUUCGGCACAAUUAUACGUGCUUGAUGAUGGGAUGCGCAAUGGACUUUCAUGAGUCCGGUGUGCACGAGUUCGAUUGUUCCACAGCGCAGGAGUUCCAUGUCCCAACGUGGAGGAGUUCCAUGUCCCAGAGUGGAGUUCCAUGUCCCAGAGUGGAGGAGUUCUAUGUCCCAGAGUGGAGUUACCACUGUCCCAGGGUGGAGGAGUCCCAUGUCCCAGAGUGGAGGAGUCCCAUGUACAGGAGAGUGGCAAAGAUCUGUUGUCCAACAAAGCCGUGUGGACUUGGUGGAGAGUCUGGAGACGUUUGAUACAUCCCGUGGUGGUCCAUUUAUCCGGCUAGACUCCUCGCUUCUCCAGCGAAGAUGGGAGCGUAGCGGUGGACUUCUUCACCAUACAUCAAGGAUGACACCAAUACCUAGGUAACUAACUGUGUGACUGCAUGGAGGUGACGUAAGACGUGGAUUUGAGCAGCAUUGUAGAGGUUGUGUGCUGCUGGUGUUCCCUCCUCCGUAAUUUGCCCCCGAUUAAUCGCAUGCACACUCACCACCAUUCACCUCCCUGCUUCAAUUUUGCAGUUGACGACUGGAGUAGGUAGGACUUCUUUCCAAAUCUCAUCAAGGAAGAUAUUGCAAUCUCAUCAAGGAAGAUAUAUACCAAUACCUAGGUAACUAACGUUGUGGCUGCGUGGACGUGGACGUGAUGUAAGACGAGGAUUUGAGCAGCACAGAAACACGUAAGUGAAGAAUAGAGGAAAGCGGAAUGAAGUUGUUGUUGCUCCACUACUUCAUCAAAUUUCAGCGGUCAGAUGUGUGCUUCAUCAUGGCCUACAGGCACUAUUCGUUUCGAAUUUGACAGAACGGUGUCACAGAAGGUCCCAAGGGGAUUGCAUUUUUUGGAGUUACAUUGAGCGUGUUGAUGUCCUGUCUCGUGCAACCACCCUCCGCUGCUGCUCAGCAUUUGGUGUUGUAGUUGCUGUUCCGCACACCAACUGAGGGAAAGUGGUUGUGUUGUUUCCUGAUCCUUACAGCCAUCUUGAUUUUGAUCAUGCACCGCCCUCUCUCACUGCUCGUCAUGCAGCUGCUCCACGUCAGGGUAACCGUGUGACUCCAUCUUCUGGAACACUCUUAUGGGGUCGACAAAGGGGAGGAAGACAGAGAAUAUAGGAGAAAAAAAUCAUUGAGGGAUAUAACACCCAUGGUGAUGCUGGGGGAAUGCUGUAUGCAGAUCCUGCCUUCUCAUUUUGAGGACCCUCUGUGUGUGUGUGUGUGUGUGUGUGUGUGUGUGUGUGUGUGUGUGUGUGUGUGUGUGAGAGAGAGAGAGAGAGAGAGAGAGAGAGAGAGAGAGAGAGAGAGAGAGUCCUGCCUAAUCAUUUUGAGGGCCCAAUGUGUGUGUGUGUGUGUGGAGAGAGAGAGAGAGAGGUACCGGAGUACAGUACAGCGUGAUUUUCCCGCCAUAUAAACCAUUUGAAAUUUGACAUUGUAUGAUAUUACUGAUUAGCACCAGUUGGCUAAUGAGGGGAGAUGGAGAGAGAAGGCAAUCGGCAAAAUGAUUCGUAUGCUGCUUGCAUCAUGAAGCUGAGUGUGCAGUUUGAGAUAUUGAUAAUAUCACUGUUCUCUUUCUCCAUUCUCUUGUUUGAUGGGUAGCUCGUGGAGACUAUUGCGAAUGGAUCUCUUUUAUUUUUUAAUGAAAGAGAAUUGUUUGA